AUGAACGACCCUGGCCUCGAUGAUGCCAUUGCCGAAGAGGCAUCGGUGCUUGAUCGACCCUCGGGUCGUCAGGAAGAUCAGGGCACCGCACCGACUGAAGAUGAAAACCAAACCCGGAUUGAUCCCCAGCAUCCAGAAGCUGCUCGGUGGUGGCUGGCGAGCACUGCAUAUCCCUUGACCGCUGGUACUUUCGGUCCUAUGGCGAGCGCUUUCAAUAUCUGCUCCUUGGUCCAGUCAUGGCGCAUAGAGAUUCGGAAUGAUGUAGCGCAAGAUGUUAGUGACCCAAACUGGAUCAUAGGAAUCAACGCUGCCUCGCUGGGCUGUGCUAUUCUCUCAAAUCUCGUCCUUUCACUGAACAUGGCUCGGCGGAUUCGGUUCGAGGUUGCGCAACCCAUCAUAAUCCUCGGAUGGUACAUCUCGUCGGGGCUGUUGAUUGGGCUUCUGGCUGCAUUCAAGGUCAUCAUGGACAGGCCCGAGAAUACAGGCCUAUUAUACACGCAAGGGUAUUUCUAUGCGGCCUUCGCGGCAGGCCUCUAUUUCAUCAUCUCGUCUUUGCUAGUUUUGACGGUAUACGGCGCCUAUCGAGGCCACUAUAGUCGUGAAUAUAAGCUUACGAAUAGCCAGCGCACGCUGAUGCUGCACACCAUCAUCUUCAUCAUCUAUCUACUUGGAGGGGCGGCGGUAUACUCCAGGAUUGAGAGUUGGCGAUUUCUGGAUGCAUUAUACUGGGCAGAUUUUACUUUGCUCACCAUCGGCAUUGGGAACAUUGUUCCCAUCACGCACCUGGGCCGCGGUCUACUAUUUCCAUACGCGGUUGGAGGCAUCGUGGUGCUGGGUCUCAUUAUCUCAUCGAUUCGAAAGUUGAUGCUGGAGCAUGGCAGGCAGAAAAUGGAAGACCUGCUCACAGCCCGCACGCGUCGCUUUUUGGUCAAGGAAGCAUUCUCAAAUCAUCGACACUUGCGUCGGCUGGUGCCCCAUCUGGGCACAGAUAGCCCUGAAGCAGCAGGAUGCAGCGAGCGCGAGCGGCGCAAACGCGAGUUCAUCAUGAUGCGACAAGUGCGGCAGCUUGCUACGGUACAGCGCAAGUGGCUCUCACUGAUUACAUCCCUGGUCUUGUGGAUGGCGCUGUGGCUUGUCGGCGCAGCGGUCUUCUGGGGCUCCGAGAAACACCGCCACUGGACAUACUUCGAGGCACUCUACUUUGCCUACACGACGCUUUUGACCAUUGGAUAUGGUGAUUUUUUUCCUAUUAGCAGCCUGGGCAAGGCCUUCUUUGUUUUCUGGUCCCUCCUUGCUGUUCCCACCAUCACGAUUCUCAUAUCGAAUAUCGGAGACACUCUCAUCCGAUUUAUCCGCGACAUUACAAUAUUUAUCGGCGAAGCCACUAUUCUUCCCGGAGAACAGCCCUUCCUCGGUCGAGCCAAGGAUCUCCUGCAUGUCUCUUGGACGGAUAAAUGGCUCCAAGAAACCACUGGCGAAAAGACUGGCUCGCAAGACAUCCCCGACAAUGAAAACAAUAACGGCGACAGUUCCCAACCACAGAACGGCGACACCAUCGAAGCCGAGGAACACAAGAAAGAAGAGAGCGCCCGCCAGCGCGGCGACAUCGCCGCCGAAAACAUCCACCACUACCACUACCUGCUUUUCCGGGAAGUGCGAAAAAUGAUGGACUACGCCACCAGCAAUCUGUCCAAGGAAUUCGACUAUCUGGAGUGGGAGUACUACUUGGCUCUAAUCGCGGGAAGAGAUAAGCCGCCUGUCUCCCCGUCUGCGGAUGGCCGCGAUGAUGACGGGACGCAGGGUUCUGGAGAAGCACAGGUGUUUCGCGAUUGGAGCUGGAUCGAUAAGAAUAGUCCGCUGCUGGGUCAGAAGAGUGAGGUGGAGUGGCUUCUGGGUGCGUUGACGGAGGCGCUGGAGCGUGAGUUGCGCAGGGCUAGUCGGGCUUAUCAUUCGCCUGAGGCUAGUGAGGAUGUGGAUUCGACUGCUCAGUCGUCGCCGCAGGCGGAUUAG